GACGGUUCCUGGAGGGAGAGGCCGAGGGAAAAAGUCACGAGAGGUCGACCCGACUCGACUCGACCCCAAUCUAUUCUCCCCGUCGAUUCUGUUCCUCAAUCCGCCGCGCGCCGCAGCUAGCUAGCUAGGGUUUCGUCGCAGCAGCCCUCUUCGAUCCAUCGAUGGCGUCCGAGGGCGACAACAAGAAGAUGAUUACCCUGAGGAGCUCCGACAACGAGGAGUUCGAGGUGGAGGAGGCGGUGGCCAUGGAGUCGCAGACCAUCCGCCACAUGAUCGAGGACGACUGCGCCGACAACGGCAUCCCGCUCCCCAACGUCAACUCGAAGAUCCUCUCCAAGGUCAUCGAGUACUGCAACAAGCACGUCCACGCCGCCGCCAAGCCCGCUGAAGGCGCGGACGCCAACGCAGCCGCCGCAGCCGGGGGCGGCGAGGACCUCAAGAACUGGGACGCGGAGUUCGUCAAGGUCGACCAGGCUACGCUCUUCGACCUCAUCCUGGCUGCCAACUAUCUGAACAUCAAGGGAUUGCUGGACCUGACCUGCCAGACAGUUGCUGACAUGAUCAAGGGCAAAACUCCGGAGGAGAUCCGCAAGACAUUCAACAUCAAGAACGACUUCACUCAAGAGGAGGAGGAUGAGAUCCGCAGGGAGAACCAGUGGGCCUUUGAGUGAUGGUCUUCCGUGGUGGUGUUGCGGUGCUGCUUAAAAGAAAGAUGGAUGUCUGCACCGUGCUCUACAAUGCUAUUAGUGCUAGUCUACUUACUAAAUAUAUAUGGUCGGUCGUAAUGGUUGUAUGCCUUUUGGAAGCGGGUUAUGGUUUGGAUUGGAUGGAGGUCAAACUGAGUGCUAGUUUGUUUGUCUGGAGUUAAUAUAUUAAUUAAGUACUACAUAUCUCAGCAAUCAAUUGGAUCUUAUGAUGAUUUACCCCCAUUGUUGGUA